AAUUUUUGACUGACUAAUGUUUAUUUAUUCCGUCGGUUUUGAUUGAAGUUUUUGAAUAAGAAUAUUUAUAAAAGAUUUUCUAGCAUACACUACUUAAAUAUGUUUAUAUUCGCAGAAGAGGAUAAAUGAUAUCCUCCUAGUUUUUGCUUUACCUACAUAAUUAAUGCUGCCUGCUUAUGGUACAGUAAAUUAAUGUUUUGUGUACAUAUUGAAUUCUUCCAAUAUGAAUAUUAAUUGGAAAUGGGAAGAUAUGUGCGGUCCACUAGGAUUACAACCAUGGAUAGAAGACUCAAAAGACAUUGGACAAUGUUUUCAAGAACUGUUCUUGCAAAUUCCACUCUUCUUCUUAAUAGCCAUUGUUUCAGGGUUUUAUGUGGGGUACAGAAAAGAUUGGGUGAUUCGGGAUAAAACACAAGAGCGUGCUAUUAUACUCCGCAGUUUUGUUAUUCUAGUAUUGGUUUUCAUUCCAAUAAUAGAGAUGUAUGCUUUUAUAACUAAAGUUGAUUUUGUGAUAUAUCCUGUUGAUUAUUUUACUGCGGGGGCAUCAUGUUUGUCUUGGCUGGUGCACUUUGGAUAUGUUUUGGCAUUAAAACAAAGACUUGGCUUAAGUUCUAGAGGACCCUCAUUACAGCUGAUUUUAUGGAGCUGUGCUGUAGUACUCAAUGUAUUCGCACUCAGAAGUAGUAUCCUCACAAACACACCAUUGGGUUAUAACAUUGCAACAUUGUGCUGCCAUGUAAUUUAUUUUUUGACACUUUUACCAUCAAGUGGGUCUAGACCAACAUUCUAUUCUCCAUGUCUAGUGGGAAGUCAACAUUCACAUAGUGAAUAUACACCUCUCCUUCCACAUAUGGAUGAAGGAGUUUUAGGAACAGCAAUGCAAGGUACUAACUACUUUUCAAAAUUGACAUUUUCUUGGGUGGAUCUACUACUGCGGAAAGGUCAAGAAAAUAAACUAAAUGACCCAGAGGAGCUUUUUGAUAUACCAGGAAAAUAUCGAUGUUCUUACGUGGGUGCAAGAAUGGAUCGGGCCCUUGUUGGAAACAUUGAUAAUUAUCAAUAUGCUGAAGUACCACAUGAACCUUUUAUAACAUCAGGAUAUGGAGCCGUUGGGGAGUCAUUACCACAAGCCUCCACGCCUGUAACUCCAACAUCACGUGUUUUAGUACGUCCACGACGUAGGCAAAAUGUAACACUGUUACGUGCAUUACAUACCUGCUUUGCAUUACAGUUCUAUAGCAUUGGUAUAUUGAAGUUUGUGUCGGAUAUGGCAGGGUUUGCUGGGCCAAUGCUUCUUAAUAAGCUUGUUAUAUUUGUUGAUGAUGAAAGUAUUGACCAGCAUUUAGGAUACAUAUAUGCAGCUGGGUUUUUGGCUUCGACAAUAGUGGGUGCGUUAUUCAAUGUACAUUUUAAUUGGCUGAUGUCCUUAAUCGGACUCAAGAUGCGAGGUGCAAUCGUUGCAACUAUUCUCAGGAAAACUUUGAGUGUGACUUCAACAGAACUAUCUACAUCAUUUACAAUUGGGGAAAUAACAAAUUUUAUGUCAACAGACACUGACAGAAUUAUCAAUGCAUGCCCAAGUUUUCAUGCUGUAUGGAGUAUACCUUUACAACUAAUCAUCACAUUAUUUCUGUUGUAUCAACAAGUGGGUAUUUCAUUUCUUGCUGGAGUCGCGUUUUCUGUUAUAUUGAUACCUAUCAAUAAACUUAUAGCAAACAAAAUAGGCCAAUUGAGUACAGAGUUGAUGAAGUAUAAAGAUACUCGUGUCAGUUUGAUGAGUGACUUGCUCAGAGGUAUUAGAACAGUGAAAGUGCAUGUAUGGGAAGAUUAUUUUAUAAGUAAAGUUACAGAGGCACGAAAGGCAGAGUUGCAUUAUUUGCGGUCACGGAAGCUGUUGGAUGCGAUAUGCGUGGUGUUAUGGGCGACCACGCCGGUACUGGUUGCAGCACUCACGCUUGGCACUCACGCGAUACGGCACCGCGAUCUUGACGCGCCCACCGUAUUUACAACAGUGGCAUUGAUUAACAUGCUAAUAGCUCCUUUAAAUGCUUUCCCAUGGGUGCUUAAUGGACUCACAGAAGCCUGGGUGUCAGUUAAACGAAUACAAAAGUUAUUAGACCUUCCAGAUAUGAAUUCUGAAAUAUAUUAUGAUAAGCUUAAUACGAACAGAGAUGAAGACAAUAUUAUAGUAAUUAAAAAUGCAAAUUUCUCAUGGGUUAAGCCUUCUAAACGGAAGAAACCUAAACAAAAAUCAAAAAGUAAAAAUAUGCCGAAAAGAAAAACGUCUAAAGGGAAUAUUCAAAGACAUGACUCGAUAUCGUCAUCCGGGUCAGUAACACAGGAGGAACCUUUCAUGCUCAAGGAUAUUUCUUUGGAAAUUGGCAGAGGAGAGUUUAUAGGAAUAGUUGGCAAUGUGGGAAGUGGAAAGACGUCCUUGUUGAACGCUAUUAUUGGAGAGAUGGUAAAAACGAGUGGUAACAUAGAGAUAUUAGAUGGUAUAAAUGGUUUUGGCUACGUACCUCAAAAGCCGUGGCUAGUUCGUGGUACUAUUCGAGACAAUAUAUUAUUUGGAAAACCAUACGACGAAGCUAAAUUUCGCGCAGUGGUCGAUGCAUGCGCUCUCACUGAGGACUUGAACAUACUAGGAUGGAAUGCAUAUGUGGGGGAAGGCGGAUGCACGCUGAGCGGCGGACAAAAGGCUCGAAUAUCUCUAGCACGAGCUGCCUAUCAGGAGAAAGAAGUGUACCUGCUGGACGACGUGCUGGCGGGGCUGGACGGCGCGGUGGGCGCGCACGUGGCGCAGCGCUGCGUGGCGGGGCUGCUGCGCCGCGCCACGCGCCUGCUGGUCGCGCACGCGCCCGCGCACCUGGCGCGCGCACACCGCCUGCUGCUGCUGCGCGCCGGCCGCCUCGUCCGCGCAGGUCCUCCUGAAAGUGUAUUACAUGAAAUUGAAGAGUUUUUACCGAGCGAAACAGAAUCGAUGGGCGAUGAACCUCCACGUCCUUCUACGAGUAGUCAGAAGGAAAAUGAAAAACCUACUGAUGACCAGGACAACGUUAGUAGAGAUAGUUUAGAUAAUGAGGAGGCAAUGUCAGAAGGAACUGUUGGGUGGUGGGUUAUUAACCUGUAUCUGCGCUCAGUGGGACCGUUUCUAACAAUUAUGAUUAUCCUUUCUCUGAUUCUCAUGCAACUUUCACAGAAUUUCACAUUCUUAUGGCUCGCAUUUUGGGUUAGAAAUAAUUCAAAAAAUACCACUAGUGUAUCAAAUAAUGUGGAUUUUAAUCCAGACAUUCAUGAAAAUAAAACUGUAUUGGAUCAUGGAUUUAGUAUUUUUGAUAAUAUAGUGCAUACUAUGGUUAACUCUUCAAUAUCGUGGAUUCAUAACCUAGACGGACAUGAGACAGGUACUAACCCUACCAACAAGAUUGUUAGCCCUGAGGGAAUAUUAGAACCACAGUUUCUAAAUGAUACAACUGUCAACGAUAAUUACUAUCUGGAGAUAUAUUUUGCACUAGCUGGCUUAAACUUGAUAUUUACUAUAAUGCGAGCAUUUUUGUUUGCAUAUGGUGGCGUUGAAGCCGCUACAAGGAUACAUAAGAUGUUAUUAAAAGUUAUAGUAAAGGCCAAAGUGAAAUUUUUCGAUAUAACACCUUUAGGACGAAUUCUAAAUAGGUUUUCAUCGGAUACCUACACAAUUGACGACACAUUGCCAUUUAUUUUAAAUAUAUUGCUUGCUCAAUUUUUUUCUUUAAUUGGUGCGGUGGCGGUUACAAUCUAUGGUCUUCCGUGGCUGCUAGUGGGAGUGAUUCCGCUGGCGGUUGUGUACUACCGGCUGCAGUACCGCUACCGACCCACAUCGCGGCAACUCAAGCGGCUCCAGAGUGUUACACUCUCACCUGUUUAUACGCACUUUAAUGAUACCCUGGAAGGGCUGACGACACUGAGAGCUAUGGAUGUGAGCGGGCGGUGGGCGGAGCGCGGCGAGGAGCUAGUGGAGGCGUGGCAGCGCGCGGCGCUGUGCGGCGCCGCCGCGUCGCAGUGGCUGGCGCUGCGCCUGCAGGCCGCCGCCGGCGCCGUGGCGGCGGCCGCCGCGCUGCUGGCCGUGCUGCAGCGAGCCGCGCACGCCGCCGACCCGGGAUUAGUGGGUCUCGCUAUUUCAUACGCGUUGUCUAUGACUUCGAUGUUAAGCAAUGUCCUCAAUUCAUUCACGGAAACGGAGCGAGAGAUGAUAGCUGUUGAACGCAUUGGUGAAUACAUUAAGCAGGUUGAAAGCGAGAAGGUUGACGGUGAAUCACCUCCUUACGGAUGGCCAUCGCAAGGCGUAAUUGAAUUUGAAAAUGUCUACUUAAAAUAUAAUGGUCGCGAGAACGGGCCAGCUGCUCUAGACGACUUAUCAUUCAGCACAUGGCCAGGCGAGAAGUUAGCCGUGAUAGGACGCACCGGCGCCGGCAAGAGCUCGCUGCUGCACGCCAUACUAAGGCUGGUGCCGCUCGCCGGCGGCCGCGUGCUCGUAGACGGCGUCGACGUCACCACGCUGCAUCUGCACGCACUCAGGUCGCGCAUCGGCGUGAUCCCCCAGGAGCCGUUCAUAUUCGCGGGCAGCGUGCGCGACAACGUGGACCCGCUGCGCGCGCACGCGGACGCGGACGUGUGGCGCGCGCUGGACGCGUGCGGCGCGCGCGCGCUGGCCGCCGCGCCCGCCGGGCUCGCCGCGCCCGCGCGCCAUCUGUCGCGCGGACACGCGCAGCUGCUGUGCCUCGCGCGCGCGCUGCUGCAGCGGCCCAAGAUCCUACUAGUGGACGAGGCGACGGCGAACCUGGACCAGGAGACGGAGCGGCUGAUCCUGGAGACGAUCAGGUGCGCGUUCGGCGGGUGCACGGUGGUGUUCGUGGCGCACCGGCUGGCGGGCGUGCUGGCGAGCGCGCGCGUGCUGGCGCUGCGCGCCGGCCGCCUGCUGGAGCUGCGCGCGCCCGACGACGCACUCGCAGACUCCUCCUCCUACCUGUACGCGCUCUACUAUGGCACUUGAACCGCUGCGGGCCUCCUGUGCUUUCGCUUUAAUAUAUUCGAUUCCAUUUUGUGCAAAUUAUGAUUAGACUACAUUCGAUAACUGUAGCUUCCAAGUUUACUAUUAAUUUUCGUAUUUUAGGCCACGUUUACGGUGAGACGGAACUUUGAAUUAGGUGUUGCGUAAAUCUUCGGGUGGGUUAUACCUGUUCAUGUAGAUAACGACGAGUAACACGGACGCGAUACCCUUGAUAUAGUUUCACAUGCAGUUCACAAACAAUUUCACCAUAAUAAUAUAUUAUUCGCAGGAAACGCAACAUCAGCUGUCUCGUAGUUAUCUUUUACCGUAUUUCUCGAACAGCGGCGCGUACAAAUCUUUAGUUUAUUUUGAAGCACUUUGAUCACAUAUGAGACCCACCCAAACUCGAAUUAUAAACACGGAGAUGCAUGUCUAAACGUUUUUAUACAUGUUAAUAUAUAAAAAUAACAUGAAGGGACAUAGUAAAUAUUUGUACAUAAUGAUUUCUGAAACCGCCCAACAAAUUUUUAUAAUUUUUUUGUAAUUGAGUAUUGUUUUUCUUCCAACUUUAGAGAUAGUAUCAUUUUUAAUCUUAAUGCAAAAAUGGGACCGGUAGGUGGCGAUAGAAAGCAAAAUAUAGUUGGCUGAGCCAGGUACUUAUCGUAAAUGUAACUCCUUUCCGUAAACUGUAAAUAAGGCCUUAUACGACACCACGGUGGCGGUUGCGUCUCGCCUAGGAGCUUUAUACAACAGCUUGCUCUAUAGCAACUACGUAAGUGAACAACAGAUCUAUAUUACAAAUCGCUGCUGCCGCCGCAGCGUGGUGGAGUAAAGUGUAUAAGUGUAAAGUGACGACAAAAUAGUAAUUUUUUACAUGUAGGUGUAAAUUAGAUUGUGAACUUUAGACUGAUCAGAAAAACUAGUCUGUGUAAGAUUAUAUUAAUUUAAAAAUCGUUUCCCAAAGUAUUGUUAUUGCAUGUAAAUUACUCUUUAUGAUAAGUUUAUUUUUUUAUGGAUUAAUCUUUAAAAAUAAAUCGAAACUUGUGAUAUAAGACAUAACAGAUUUUGAUUAUAUAGUAAUUAUAAUAAAGAACUUGAGACAAUGCA